UAUUAUCAUCAUCGUCAUCGUUCAACGUGAGAAGAAAUAGAAGAAAGAAGAAAACGAUUUCUAUAUAUAUGUUUUUGGAAGAAAUUCGCGAUCAUUUGUGCACGAGGCAAGAAUAAGGAAGAUAUAAGAGGACAGAAAUAUCGAGAAGUACGAUUAAGUGUGUUGGAAAGAGACAUAAACGAAAAGAGAGAGAAAGAUAUAUAUAUAUAUAUAUAUACACAUAUAUAUAUAUAUAUAUAUAGAAGAGGAUCAUAGAACGAACAGAAGCAGGAACGCGGAACGUGUAGCAACUUUGAGACUAGAAAUGAGUUGAGAAUCGGCUACGAUGUUGAGUCGUUUGUCGGCCGUGGUGGCCUCCAUUUUGGUUCACCAGGUACACUUUUUGUGCACCGCAAAUUCUCAAGGCGUGAAGCCAGUUCCCGGACUGGAAAACCUGCCGAGGUCGUUCUGGCGUGAGCUCAGUUCACCCUUUACCGAGGUGUACGAGGAGGACAAUUUUGCAACCGAAACCGGUGCAACGCCCGAGCCAAGGCCGUUUUUCGAAGAUCCAGAAAGCAACAUUACAGUGCAGUUAGGUGCACAAGUACACAUGCACUGUAGAGUACAAAAUUUGCAAAAGAAUUUGAAGGUAUCUUGGGUUCGGAGACGUGGAGAAGAAUAUCAUUUACUUACCAUCGGUCUUGACACGUAUGCGAGUGACUCGAGAUUUUCAUUGGCUUUUGAAGAUCCGAAUGAUUGGCGAUUAUUAUUACGUUCGGCAACUGAACGGGAUGCAGGACUUUACGAGUGUCAAAUUAGUUCACAUCCGCCAUUAAUUAGAAUGGUUCAUCUAACGGUAUCCGUACCAAGAGUUGAGAUAGUUGACGAGCAUGGGGCGACCACCGGCGAUAAAUUCUAUAAAGCAGGUAGUACGAUAGAGCUGAAGUGUGUCGUUAGCAAUAUACCUCAACCAACUGGAUACGUAACAUGGCGGCAUGGAACUCGUACACUGAAUUACGAUACCACCCGUGGAGGAAUCAGUGUGAAAACCGACAUGGGAUCGGCCGGAGCUGUUUCAAGGCUCUACAUUGCCAAUGCGAAUAAAAAAGACAGUGGGAACUAUAGUUGCGCAUUGGCCGACGUUGCCGCGGUCACUGUCGUAUCUGUCCACGUGCUAAACGGAGAGAAUCCAGCAGCGAUGCAGCAUGGUGGAAGUGACUGUUCAAGGGCACCCUUGAUUCUUAUCAUCCUUGCGACAUUGUCCUCGUUUUUGAGGUGACCGUGAUACCUGAGGUGCUGCUAAGUAGCUCCGCGAUACGAAUGGUGCUAAUUAACUUUAUCACGAGCGAGGACAUAGGAAUCGGCUGAAACGAAUAGAAGAAGAUGAAGAAGAAAAAGACGA